CCUGAGUUGGAAGGGACCCACAGGGAUCAUGGAAUCCAACUCCUGGCCCUGCACAGGACACCCCAGUUUCAUGUUCUUUGUCUUCAAAGCACCAAAGGCUGAGGCUUGUUAGGAGAGGAGCAGGGGGAUGAGCACAGCUGGGUGAAAUGAGAGGGGAGUGCACCAGAAGGUGCUUUCUCUGGGGUUUUUAUCUAUUUAUUUGAGCUAAAGCCACUCACCACAGUCUCCUUGAGACAGAAGGGCACAGGAGAACCACUGCUGGCCCAUGGGGGCACUGCCAACCCAGGAAUGUGUCCCUCACUGUCCUCCUGAUCCCUUUUCCAGUGGGCAGACUGAUGCCUCCCACCUCUCUGUAGGACACUGGCACUGAAGUGUAGGGGCUAAAUAAUCCUCUUCUGAAGAAGGACCUUGCUUGUUGGCUCAUUUUUUUGGUGAAAGAUCCCUUUCUCUUCGUGUGCCACCAUAACUGGUGUCAUUUGUUUUUCCCCCAAAAUUUACAGAUCUCAGCCUGCACAAGGGUGGGGUGAAGAUUUAAUUGUGUUCUUAACUGUCUUCACAUUUUGUCUUCUGGUCAAAAAAUUUAAAAAUGCAAAGCAAAAGGGUCCCACUUCUAAACCAUGAGUUCCGAGACGCUGUCAGACCCCGGGUGCUGUGGGACAGCCCGGAGGCUUUGGCUGGGACAGGGAUCCCUGAGCUGUCCUAUCCACACCUGGGGCUUUCUAUGGGCUGGUCCAGGAAAAUAACAUGUUCUCUGUGUAGGUAUAGUUAAGCUUGUACAUAACUGCAUCUCUGCACACAAGAACAAUCUGCCCGUGCAGGUCCUGGUUCUUCUCCGAGGGCUGGGCUGGAGGAGCUCAGUUUGAAAGAAAAGUAAAUGCAACCUCAACAAAACAAUGGUGCCAUUGUCAACUCUGCAGCCUCCAGACCUUCCCAGGGCACACAGGAGGACAGCAGGGAGGUGCAGCAAAGGGAAAGGAGCUGCUGGAAAUCCCGAGGGAUUUGGAUCCGGCGCGGCCGUUCCGGCCCCGGAGCUGCAGCUGCUGUCGGUGCUGGCUGUGCUUUUAGGGGCAGUUUUUAGAGUGCCUUCAUUGCUGGUGCUCCUGUCAGACCCCACAGCGCUGGUUUGGGGGGUUGGUUUGUUCUGAGCUCCCAUUCUGGAGUUGGCAGGUGGGGACACAACGUGUUUCAUCCUUAAGGAAGAAGGGGUGGAACGAGAGCUCAGCACAGACCUCUCUGUGCCUUUCAUCCUGUGGGAUCAGCUCUGCCAAAAUCAGCAACACAGCUGGUGCUGGGUAAACUGGUGCUGGUGCUUCCCAGGGUUUGCCUCUGCCAGACUUACAGUGGAGGAGUUGGGAAGGAGCACGGAGAGCCAGGAGCCAACACAUCAUCUCAACACCUAAAUGAAGCUUUAAGUCUGAUCUGUUGCUCUUUCUGAAACCUCCCCAGGGAACACUCCCAACAGAAAUGGCAGAAAAGGUGAACAACUUCCCCCCACUCCCCAAGUUCAUCCCCCUGAAACCCUGUUUCUACCAGAAUUUCGCCGAUGAAAUUCCCAUCGACCACCAGUUCCUGGUGAAGAGGAUCUACCACGUCUGGAUCUUUUACUGCAUCACCCUGGCAGUGAACAUCGUUGCCUGCCUGGCCUGGUGGAUCGGGGGAGGCUACGGGGUCAACUUUGGCCUGGCCAUCCUGUGGCUGCUCCUCUUCAGCCCCUGUGGCUACGUCUGCUGGUUCCGACCUGCCUACAAAGCCUUCCGGUCAGACAGCUCCUUUAACUUCAUGGCCUUUUUCUUCAUCUUCGGGGCACAGUUCGUCCUGACGGUGCUGCAGGCGAUCGGCUUCUCCGGCUGGGGCGCGUGUGGGUGGUUGGCAGCCAUCACCUUCUUCAGCACCAGCGUCGCCGCCGCCGUGUUCAUGCUGUUCCCUGCCAUCAUGUUCACCCUGUCGGCCGUGGCCAUGCUCAUCUGCAUCCUAAGGGUACAUAAAAUCUACCGAGGGGGUGGUGGAAGCUUCCAGAAGGCUCAGGACGAGUGGAACAGCGGUGCCUGGAGGAACCCCCCCAGCAGGGAGGCCCAGUACAGCAAUUUUUCUGGGAACAGCCUGCCAGAGUAUCCCACAGUGCCCAACUACCCCCCAGGAAACCAAUGGCCUUAAGCAGCAGCAGCUGCAAACUGCCUGGAUUCUCUCCUUUUUGGUCUUUUAAUUCUUGUUAUUGGAAAAGAUCAUUUGCAUUCCCUCCCCCAGGCACCCCAGUCACCUUUUUGGGACCUUUUUGGUUCUCGUCUCCUGGUCCCUGUGGAAGAUCCUGUCAGCCCUUCCCACCUCCACUGCACGGCCGUGGCACAAAGCUUUUUGUUUGCCUUGAGCUACCAGUGUUUGCCUCGUUGCAGACUGAGGAACAAACCCUUCAACAACUGCCCUUCCUCGAGGGAAUCCUCUCCUGACCAUCCCCGAAAAAGGCUCAACUUCCCCCAAUGGCAACACUAACCACAGCUGCUCCUGCUCAGCUUCCCUGGAAUGCACAGCACCCCGCAGCAAUCACAGCUUUAGUAGCAACUGGUGUUUACUCUCCUGGAUGAAUAAUGUGGAAUUUUUCACUCUAAGGGAAAUGCAAGACUUAAAUUAUUUGGUACCAGUGACAGGGAAGGGAUCUGUGAAACCCCCGCCCUCCCCGCCGGGAACGGGAGCUGUGAAGGCCACGAGAGUCCUCCUUUGCCUGGCUCAGACUGCUGUGAUGCUCCAAGUCCUGCCUUCCCUGCUGCCAAAGCUUUUUGCCGGAUCUUUGUGCUUCAAAAGGUGCAGAUUCAUCUCAUGAGGUUGGUGGUUGCUCACUGGAAUCCGGCACCGAGCCGGCCCUGAGGACGUGCCCCCCGUGCAGGGCUCAGCACGAGAGCUCCCCACCACGGACCUUCCAGCCAGGCCUUGUGCUGCCCUGAGAAAUGCCCCCCCAGACACACCUUGGCCUGUUGGGGGUCCCUUUUCCAGGGCUCCCUUUCCCUGGGCUCCAGCCAGAGCCGGGUGGAGGAUAACGCUGGGUCUCGGUGCUGGGCCCCCAGUGCGGUUUGGAAGCGGUUCUGUUACAAUGAAUGGUUUAAUUCUGCCUUCUGCUGAUGGGCUGGGACUCCAAACGUUACAGUGGGGGCUGGGAGGACCAGGGAGGGCUCUUAGUGUGAGCUGGGCAGUCCUGCUCUGCAGCACUUCCCUUCCAGGAGAGGGAGGUUCCUGCCUUUCUCCAAGGAUCAGCUGGAGGGAGGAUGAAGCUGUUGAGAGGGAUUGUUUUCCCUGGCUCUGCCUCAUCAUUCAUCUCCAUUCUGUGCCUGCACAUCAGGGCUCCUGGAGCCUGAGCCAUCCAAUUCCCUGUGUCCUGUCCUGAUCCAGGCAGCAAAGGCUGCAGUUUCCUCUUCUCCCUCAAAACCUGCUGUGAUGUUUUUUUCAAACUUGUCCAAACUGGGAGGUCAGUCCCCAAUAUUUUUAUAGAGAGUGAGUGUCCCAAGCCUUUGGCUCUCAAAUUUUUGGCCAACGAUCCAGAGUGCUCCAUGUGGGGGAUCUGGGAGGGGUUGGAGUUCCCAGAGCCUGCUGCCCUGGCAGGCUGUCAGUGGGGUCACUCCAAAGCCACACUGAGCAGCUGGAGAUCAGAACUGGCUCCUGGAAAUGGGACAGGGAGGUGGUCCUAGCUAGGUGGAAUAGAUUUGCAAGUGAUCUUUUGAAUAUUUUCUCUACAUGUGCCUUAUCUAACAGAAUCAUAGUUCAUGGAGGAGAAUCCCCUUCCCCUCAUCCCUGCGGAAUUCCCCAUUAACUCGUCCCGUGUCACUGUAAAUAAUGAGGGAAGCACAGCCUGGAGUCUGCAUGACCCAUGUUUCCAGGGCCAAACUGGAGGGCAGAGCCUCCCUGAAUUUCAGUUUACAAGCAGCACUGACCCCCCCCUGCAGGACCAGGCUCUGGGACACGGAACGUGCUCCCGACACCGGGGGUCCUUCCUGGCGAGUGUGGGAUGUGCUUGGGAGCACGGAGUGCUUGGAGCCUCCUUACCAGAACACAUUGUGAAGCUUUUUCGGUGCCUUUGUCUUGUGUCAAGUGUAAUUUUAAGUGUUCUUUGUCGCUUGCCAUCGGAGUGAUAAGAGAACUGCCUGGCAUUGACUCCCUGGAAAUACGAUGGAUGCACUAUGGGGUGAGGGGGACUGAUGGGCUUGAAGGUGGCAUUGGCCACCCUUGGGUGCCCCAUGUCCUGGCUCUCAUGCUCCUGGGUCCUGCCUCUCAGCCUCUUGCCAAAAUUCUUCAAACCCCAUUGGUUUUCUGCUGGUUUUUAGCGUGUCAGGUCAGAGGUUCCGAGGGAGCCGAGAGGAGAAGCGUUGCUGGGGACUCCACAUCCCGCCCCUCGCUGGGGUCCAUGGAUAAUCGGGGGGGGCUGUGUUUAAGCUCCCACCCCCAGCCACACUGACAGUGCUUUGUGCAAGAGGAGGGGGUGCUUGGGAGCCGGAAUGGCCGCAGCUGGACACCAAACCCACCCCCCAUUAGCUCCGUGAACCCCCGGGCGGGAUCUGCCACCUCAUCCCCUCCCUCCUCCUCGAUGCCACAAACCGUAAUUCCAGACAGUCGACCCCCCCACGCUGCCUGAACAACUUAUUUUGUGGCUUUUUUUUUGUUUGUUUUGUUGGGUUUUUUUGACUCCUCUGUAUGUUUUUAAAUGUUUACAUUAGACUUCUAGGAGUUCUUAACCCCACCGGGCCGGGCCUGGCUCCUGCCCCGGCGGGCGUCACGUGGCCGUGGCCGUGUGCGAUGUCUCGUGUCACCCGUGGAGCUCUGGUUUCUGUUUGUGUUUUUCUCCUGAUCACAAGACAAUAAAUGCUCAUCCUGUGCUUGAUGAGGAGAACUGGC